AUAAUAAACCAGUGUCCAAUGGCUAAAGUUUGGAAUAACAAAUGAAUAAGCUUGCAAGAAAGGUCACUUCAAUCGUUUACCAUCUCUUCAAGUCGAAUAACAUAUGAUCAUGUUCUAUAUAUAACUUGUCGUUUUCCCGGUGAUAUUAUAGCAACCUAUCCUAUCAUACAUCGCUCCAACUUCAUUAAUUAUCAGAUGGCAUAUAUCCCCGGGAGAGCACCUUUUGCUGACAGGAAAAGCUCCAGUAGUUUGGCAUUCGAAGAGUUUGUGCCUCCCUCAGCUUGGACAGAAGACUCAACGUGCCAUUACCUCCUUGUCGAUCUUCCUGGUUUCAAAAGGCACGAGCUAAAGCUUCAAGUGGAUAACCAGACUCGUAUAGUAGUUAGUGGAGAAAGGCAGGUGAGAGAGAACAAAUACAAGAGAUUUGAGCAAAGUUUUGAGUUGCCAAAGAAUGCAGACAUAGAAAAAAUCACAGGGAAGCUUGAUGGUGAGAUUCUGUACAUUUCAGUCCCAAAGAAAGUAGAACAAGAACACCAAGAGAUCAAACAUGAUAGCAGCAUUCAUGGUGGGGAGAGGGAGGUGUCUCAUGAACCGGGAUUACUUGAAGAUGAAGAUGAAGAUGACGAUGACAGUGACAAGAAAUCUGAUGAAGAAGAUGAUGGUGACAAGAAAUCUGAUGAAGAAGAUGAUGGUGACAAGAAAUCUGAUGAAGAAGAUGAUAGUGACAAGAAAUCUGAAGCAUAUGAAAAUGAAGAUGAAAGUGAUAACAAAUAUGGUGAGAAGGUUGUUGAAAGAAAGAACCCCAUAAGGGAUUCUGAAGAGGAUUGGGGGAAAGAGGCUGAUUUGUUUCUGAGACUCGCAAUUGAAAAACUAAGAAAGAAUAAAGGGAUUGUUAUGACAGCAAUCUUUGCAUUUUCAUUGGGGGUGUUGGUAACUCAGAAGUUACAGUCAAAUGGACAGUAACUUCACACUUGAGAAUAAGAAAUGCAACACAAAUUGCAGAUAUAUAGCUCUUGUAAACUUCAUACUUGAGAAUAAGAAAUGUAACACAAAUUGCAAAUAUAUUAAAUAAUGUUCCAGCUUGAUUGUG